AUUCCCACGAUGGACACAACCGACGCGCCGCAAGUGAUCGAGCACAUCACGAAGAGCGUCAAUUACACGCCGUACGACGCUCGAUGGAUCCCAUGCUCAGCUAGAUUCGUGUCUAUGGGCAUCCAUCCUCGGGCCACGGGUGCGAUCAACGUGUUCGCGCUGCAACAAGGCGAACUGAAGGUCGUCCAUGAAUUGGAAAAACAACAUGGCGUCAAGUGCGGCACGUUUGGCGCGUCAUCGUUAGAUGCACGUCACUUGGCCGUUGGAGACUACGCUGGCAUCAUGAGCAUAUAUGACUUUGAGAAGCCUGAAAUCCCAGUCUACUCGGCGCAAGCCCACAAGUCGAUCAUCAACUGCAUUGACGGCUGCGGCGGGCUCAAUAUCGGGUAUGGCGCCCCGGAACUUGCGACGGGUGGUCGUGAUGGGUGUGUGCGUGUGUGGGACACGCGGGUGGCAAACCCUGUUGUGUCGUUGGAACCUGACCAAGGGGAAGCGGUGCGGGACUGCUGGACCGUUGCCUUCGGGAACUCGUUCAACGACGACGAGCGCUGCCUUGCCGCCGGGUACGACAACGGCGACGUCAAGCUGUUUGACCUUCGAACCAACACGAUGCGAUGGGAAACGAACGUCCAGAAUGGCGUCGUGGGCGUCCAGUUCGACCGCAAGGACAUUGAAAUGAACAAGUUGCUCGUCACGACCCUCGAAUCCAAGUUCCGCAUGUACGACAUGCGCACGUUCCAUCCCGCCAAGGGAUAUGCAUUUAUGAGCGAAAAGGCGCACAAGUCGACGGUGUGGCAAGGCCGUUUCUUACCUCAGAACCGCGACCUCUUCAUGACCGGCGGGGGCAAUGGCGGCUUCAACCUCUACAAAUACCAUUACCCAUCGUCGCGCACCACGCCAGACGCCGACGGCAUUCACAUGGGCGUCGGCGGCACCGUGGAACUUCUCAACUCCCGCGUGCUGUCGACGCAGCCCAUCGUGAGCAUGGACUGGAGCCCCGACCGUGAAGGCCUCUGUGUCCUAUCGUGCCUCGACCAAACUGUGCGGGUGUACAUUGUGUCCAAGACUAACAAAUAUUAAUACCCGCAGAAGUCCAAAUUGUAUCGAAAGAGUAAAUAUAAUGGGAUAAACCGAUCAUUACAGUAACCUCA